AUGGCCGGGCCUGCCGGGCUAUCGUAUCUCUACAUCCCUCCCACCUCGUUCGCAAAUGAUCUCGGACGGCAUGAAUACUUCAACCUCUCUAGCAUGACCAUCGCCUCAUCAUCGUCCGCUGCCUCGUCCUCAACAGACUUUACAAUCCAUCCUCUUGUUCGUCAGCAUGGGCGAACAUACCUCCGCGAUCCAGAAAAUCCCUAUCCGUUACCAUGCGACCUUCUCGAAAUCCAUCGCCAAUCGCUGCGAUCGCUAAUGCUGAUCGAGGUCUUUGGCGCCCCGUUCUGUUCGCCGCAUUUCGAAGAUACUCCGCCAAAGCGGGUGCUCGAGAUUGCAUGUGGAUCUGGGUUGUGGUCAAGCGCAUGCCACGAAUAUUUUGCGAAACGCGGCCACUCGGAGAUUUCUUUUACCGGAAUUGAUAUCAUCAACGUUGCUUCGGAUCUACAAAAGCAAGGUGUCGACUGGGAAUUCAAACGUCAUGAUCUACGAACAUCCAAACUGCCCUUCCCAGACGACCACUUCGAUUUUGUUUUCAUCAAGGAUGCCGGCAUUGCGCCCUCAGGCCCAGACCUUCAAAGCACCCCGCUUGCAGAGUCUCUUCGCGUCUUGAGGAAAGGAGGCGUUCUAGAAGUCUGGGAAUCGGAUUUUAUUUUUCGAUCCUUGCUUCCUGAUCCACCUAGCGUUCCUGGAUUGUCAGAGCGAACUGAAGGGCUGGCCGAAACUACAGGGACGUACACCAUAUCCUCAGCCACCCCCUUUGCGGAUGCGCAGAACCCAUUUUUGCGCGACUAUAACUUGUGGAUCGAGAAAGCAUUCGAAACACGCAAACUUACUCCAAUGCCCUGUGCAACUGUGAACCUAUCUUUUACCUCCGAAUCGGAAUCGUUCGAGAGCGUGGAUAGCCGCAGAGUCGCCAUACCUCUUGGAGAGGUAAAGUGGGAGCAAAAACCACACACAGGAACAGCGGCGCGGCCGCCACUGACAGAAGAGCAAUUGGCCCUGCGCCAUACUGCCUUGUUAGAUGCUUUGCAGAUGAUGGAGAGCAUGGAGCCAAUUCUUAGGGAGGCCAGUGGAAAAGGAAGAGCCGAGUGGGACCGCUGGUGGGCGAGUAUGAGGCAAGACCUAUUGCAAAACGAUGGUGUCACAAGCGGCGAGUGCUUGGAAGUGGGUGCGUGGUGGGGGCAGAAACGGUGA